AUGGGUGCCACCAAAACCAAAGCCACCAUAGGCGUUCUGUCCACGAUCAUCUCUUAUAUGUGCAUCAACAGCAUAUGGAAAGCCACGAAUCCAGAGGCGUUCAUAUGGCAAUAUGAAGAUAAAGAGGAGUCGAAGUGGAUGGCUACUUCCAAGUCAUGGCUCGAUCGAAAGGCCUGUCGGUGGCUCGGAGUUUGUGGCGGGACACAUAUACACUACGCUUCGGACACGACCAGGUUUGGCCGUCGUCCUGUGAUCAAAUACAAUUCUAAGAAGAUGGUCGACUAUACACGGGAUUGGGAUUGGCAGCAUGCUUGGACCGAGGGAAAUGAUAGACCCGAAGAUUGGACAGAUGAUGAGCGUGUUCUUCGCGAGAUUCCUGAAUAUGUCAUGGAAUAUGCCCCACUCGUCCAUCUCUACUCCGGCGAGCAAUUCUGGCCAUGUGAUAUUGCAGAACACCUCUAUCACAUCACGCCGACUCUCAACUACACAGCGGUGCAGUCAGACCAGCAGCAUCCAACACUCAAUGACCUGGACGGUUUGAACCAGUGGCAGGAUGGUCGAUGGGUCUUCCUCACAAGCAAUGAUGAUGUUGAAGAACGACCAGAGUGGCUGGAGGGGCAGAAGAACAUUCCCAACAGACCUUCCAAUCCCAAUGAUCCGCUUGAUGACAACGAUGGUUGGGUACACAGCCCUGGCCGGACUUAUUUUCAAGGCAUGAAGGAUGCAAUGACCGACCUCAAAGACUGGUUUGCACCAGACCUUGAGGAUUCGGAGAAUGGAGCCGAUUUUCGAGAAUCCCUCACUGGCCAAUCAGAGGCAGACAAGAAGGCACGCCAAAGACAUAUGGAACUCAAACGUUCAAUCCUCGAGAGUCAAGCACCCGGGACAAUCCGUGGCGGCCGAAGCGAUGCCCCUGCGGUUCUCCUCACCAUCAACAAAGGCCAUGGUAUUGUGGAUGCUUUCUGGUUCUUCUUCUACAGCUUCAACCUGGGUAAUGUGGUGCUGAAUGUCAGAUUUGGUAACCAUGUGGGCGACUGGGAACACACAGUGGUCCGAUUCCAGCACGGAAAGCCGAAAGCUGUGUUCUUUAGUGAACAUAACUUUGGAUCCGCCUACAGUUACGAAGCCGUAGAGAAGCUCGGAAAACGGCCAGUCAUCUAUUCAGCCUACGGGACCCAUGCCAUGUAUGCCACCCCGGGAACACAUCCAUAUGUCCUGCCUUGGGGCAUUCUGCACGACUUGACUGACCGUGGCCCUCUAUGGGAUCCGUCGCUCAAUUCACAUGCUUAUACUUAUGAUUACAAGACGGAAAAUCUACGAUCCUCGAAUGUGACACCCAGUGCUCCAACUGAAUGGUUUCAUUUUGCCGGCCACUGGGGAGACAAGUUUUAUCCACUGGGCGAUAAGAGACAAUAUCGCUUUGCUGGACAGUACCACUAUGUCAAUGGACCCCUCGGCCCCAAGUUCAAGCACCUUUCGAGAAAGAAGAUAUGUCAGGGCCCGGAGUCGGCACCAUGUGUGAUCAAAAAUUGGUUGGGUUCAGGCGACAAGAUUGGACGGUUGAAUCCUGGAAACGAGAAUGGAGAAGACGAUCUGUAA